UUAAAAGAAAGAAAAGAAAAAGAAAGAACAUAAUUGGGAAGGGAAGGUCAAAUAUCAAUGGAUGGGCUACCACGACCACCUGCCCAUGGCAAAUACGACUUUCACACAAAUAGACCACGACAACAAAAACGUAACAUCGUAAAAUACGUGUGCCUUAGCUUCUUUGCAUUCAUCAUGCUUGGGCUUGCUAUAUGUGGAAUUCUUUUAGUAAUCGCCUUUAAGAAAUCUAAAGUUCCCGAAUUCAAAAUUAAAGGCGUACAAGUAUCAAAAUUUAGCGUUGCAAAUGUUUUAACAUAUCAACAAAAAGUUUUAUCGACAAAUUUGGAUUUUAUAUUUGAAUGUGAUAAUAAAAAUUCAUUAGGGGUGGAUUUUAAGAAUAUGAUAAUGGAAGCAAAUUGGAACAGUAUGGAAGCCCAUUUAGGAGAAGCACAUGUUGAAAAUUUUAUGAAAAAAUCAAAGGGUGUAUCAAUGUUGAAAGUGAGUGCUAAAAGUGAGGUUGAAAUUAAUAAGAAUGUUAAGAAAGAGGAUAUGAAGCUUGAUUUAAACCUUAGUGGAGAUCUUAAUUUCUUUUCUGGCCCAUUUAAGAGCAAAGUUUUUCCUUUUUUGGUCUCUUGCAAUGAUGUUUCUAUUUCUUCGGCUAAUGCUGCUUGCAACUCAAAAAUUUUUACUAAUGGUAAACCUCCAGAUGCAACCCCACCAUCGAAGCCCAAUGUGGGAGCGGAACAAAGUGCAACAAAACCAAACCCAGAUGAUUCAUCUUCACCCGCCCCUGACGAACCCUCAGCUCCGCCGCCUGAAUCAUUUCCUCCGGUUAAACUCACCAUCCAAGAUAAAUACGUAAUUAUGGAUAACGGAUUUCUGCAAGCCACAAUAGCCAAACCAGCAGGAUACGUUUCUGGUAUAAAAUACAACGGAAUUGAAAACAUUCUUGAUACACUCAAUCCUGAAGAUGAUAGAGGGUAUUGGGAUGUUAUUUGGGCUCCACCUGGUACAAAGGGAACCAAAGGAAAUUUUCAGAGAUUAUUAGGAACAGAAUUUCGGGUAAUUGUUGAUCGAGAAGACCAACUAGAACUAUCCUUUAAAAUAACAUACGAUCCAGCUGGUAAAGACGCAAAAAAUGCUGCUCCAAUGGAGAUUGAUCAAAGGUAUAUUAUGCUCCGGGGUGUAUCCGGUAUAUACUCGUACGGUAUCUUUGAGAGAGGAGGUUGGGCUGCUUUUGGAAUGCCAAACGCUAGGCUUGCUUUCAAGUUUCAAAGACAAAUGUUCAAGUACAUGGUGAUAGCAGAUAAUAGACAAAGAGAAAUGCCUGUACCUGAAGAUCGGAUGAAACCAAGAGGUGAAGCACUUGAAUAUCCAGAAGCAGUGUUAAUGGUUGACCCAAUUGACAAACAGUUCAAAGGAGAAGUGGAUGACAAAUAUCAGUAUUCAAUGGAAAGCCAAGAUAUUCGAGUUCAUGGUUGGAUUUGUAGGGACCCACCUUCCGGUGUCUGGCAAAUCACUCCUAGCUUUGAGUUCCGUUCUGGUGGUGCCAACAAACAAUUCCUUACUUCUCACGUUGGCCCAACAAGUCUUGCUAUGUUCGUAAGUGCCCACUACUCAGGAGAGAAUCUAAUCCCGAAAUUUGUAGAAGGAGAGCCAUGGAACCAUAUUUAUGGUCCAGUUUUUAUGUAUAUGAAUAAUGUCACUCAAAAUCAAGAUCUUCCUUUGCUUUGGGAUGAUGCAAAAGAAAGGAUGUUGGCAGAGGUCAAAAAAUGGCCAUACAGCUUUCCAGCUUCAGAUGAUUUUCCUAAAGCCAAUGAACGUGUUAACGUUACGGGAAAACUUUUUGUUCAUGACAAAUACAUAUCAAAGCAAAAGGGACCAGCAAAACUUGCUUUUGUUGGGUUAGGUCCACCGGGUGAGGCAGGAUCCUGGCAAAGGGAUGCCAAGACUUAUCAAUUUUGGACGCGAACAGAUGAAGAAGGAAACUUUACAAUAAAUCAUGUAAGGGUUGGCAACUAUAAUCUUUAUGGUUGGGUCAACGGUUUUAUAGGAGAUUUCAAAUAUAAUUCACCCAUCAACAUCACUACAGGGCAUAAUAUUGAUUUGGGUGAGAUCUUAUAUGAGCCACCAAGGGAUGGACCAACGAUAUGGGAAAUAGGUAUAGCUGAUCGUGUAGCCAAGGAAUACUUCGUCCCUGAUCCUAAUCCCAAAUACGUCAACAAACUAUAUGUUGAUCACCCUGACAGGUUUAGACAAUAUGGUUUAUGGGAAAGAUACACAGAAUUGUAUCCAAAAGAAGACUUAGUAUAUGAUGUUAAGACCAGUGAUUAUUCCAAGGAUUGGUUCUUUGCUCAAGUCACAAGGGCAGUUGGUAAAGAACUGUAUAAUGGAACCACAUUCACUGUGAACUUUGGCCUUGAUGAUGUUGUUCCAAAUGCUACCUACAAGCUAAGGGUGGCUAUUGCUUCUGCCUCAAAUGCCUUGUUAGAGGUACGAUUCAAUAAGAAAAGUCCGAGCCCUCCACUAUUUGCAACGGGGAAAAUAGGGAAUGAUAAUUCAAUUGCUAGGCAUGGUAUUCAUGGAUUGUAUUGGCUUUACAAUGUAGAUGUUAAAGGAAGUGAAUUAAACAAGGGCAACAAUUCAUUAUAUUUGACUCAACCAUUGGCAAUUAGUCCUUUCCAAGGUAUAAUGUAUGAUUAUAUUAGGCUUGAAGGCCCUCCAACAAGUCCCAAAUGAAAAGACUAAUUAAACAUAUAUACUCUUUUUAUAUUGAUUUUUCACACUUCCUAUUCAAAGCUUAAGUUUUUGCACUUCCUAUUGAAUAUGGUAGAGAAGCAAACUCAAAAGGAUAAAGUCGGAUAAUUUUAACUCGCUAACUUGAAAAACAAAAAUGUUCACUCUAUUAAUAGGAAAAAAAAAAGAAAAAAAGUAUUAAAAUUUAUCGGUAGAUGUUGCAUAACAUACAAUUCUAAAUUCUUUU